GCCUUGCUUUGUACUUAUAUUCUUGUCUCGUAAGAUAAAAUUGGAACCCUUAGCAUAAUACCAACUACGAUGACAAUCCAAAGCUACUUCAACUUGUAGGGUCUCCCUUUGUUUUCGAAUCUUUAUUUUCUUAGAUGGGAACAUUGUAGCUACUUCCACUAAAAACCCAUGUGAUCAGCUAAAUAGUUAACAACGAGUUCAACAUCACUAGUCUUCAUGGUUAGAUAUUUUAACUAAACUCUUUUGUCAUUUGCCAAACGUGUUACGUUGACUGUGAGUCCACCACCAAUUCCAUGGUGUGCUAGUUUGAAUGUUACCUUGGUGCCACAUUAACCUUCGACCAGUGUUUCUAUCGAAUUCUAGAGACUGCGAAAGCAAGAACAUGGGGAGGACUAAUAAUUGGUGGGCUUUAGUUUUUUGUUUGAUCACUCUCUUUAGUUUCUCUGCAUAUUCUUCAUGCCCCAUUAAGUUUAGUUAUGUCAAGACAUUUCCAUGGAACACUACAGUCUGUGUCGAACCGACGGCUAAAACUUGUUGCCAGGCUAUCCAAGGCCUUCUUAAUCUUGGCCUUUCAAGAUACCUCAAAGACACUUCAAAGUUUUAUCUUCCAAACCAAGAUGCUGCAUCUUCAUGUUUAACCGAUUUCAAGGAUGAGCUUGCUUCCUUGGAUCUUUUCCCAUCUUGCCCAAACACGACGAAAGACCUCGUGUCCAACCUCUCUAAUUGUGCUGGAAUUGAAACAACUGAAAAUUGGGAUGAAAAAGUUCGAAGUUCUGGUGAGCUUGAUUUAUCUUGUAACACAGAUUUUAUCGGCCUGACGCAGUGCAAAUCUUGCCUUGAUGCUGUCUCUAAGGUAAGCUCUCUCUUGACAGCAUUUGAUCAGAACUCGACAAAAUGUUCUGUUUACACUCUUUUGUAUACUGCUGGAGUUGUGAAUAAGCGUGUCCCAGAUGAUGUUAGAGCCACUUUUUGUAUGUUUCAAUUGCCCUUGUCAAGCUCAGCAACAAGUGACGGAUCAAAGGGUCUAUCUAGAACAAGCAUACUCAAGAUUGUUUUUGGAUUAUUCGGUGCCUUAACGGGAGUGUUGGGAGCUGGGGUUGUGAUCAUUGUGUACCGAAAGAGUGAGUCUAUACGAAAACAGAAUGCGUUACAUGAAGAGUAUGUUAGGGGUGUUAAGGCCAAGGUCUUGCCUAACACAGGUGCAAAAUGGUUCAACAUAGGGGAGCUUGAGCAAGCCACAGGCGGGUUUUCGCAGAGGAACUUGAUAGGACAAGGUGGGUAUGGAGUUGUUUACAAGGGUGUUCUUUCGGAUGGCACGGAAGUGGCAGUUAAGCAGCUUCUUGAUAAGGACACGAAUGGGGACGAUGUAGAUUUCACGAAUGAAGCAGAAAUUAUCAGUAAAAUUAGGCAUCGAAACCUGCUUAUUCUAAGAGGGUUUUGUGUCACGAGUGAUGCUAGAGGUAAUAGAAGGUUUCUUGUUUAUGACUUCAUGUCAAAUGGUAGUUUAGAUGAUUAUUUGUUUAAUCGCGGAUCCAUUUCAAAAAGGGAGGGUUUGGAUUGGCCUGUGCCCAAGAGCAUUAUUCUUGAUGUCGCGAAAGGAUUAGCCUAUCUGCACCAUGAAAUCAAACCUGCUAUUUAUCACCGCGAUAUAAAGCCAACCAACAUACUAUUAGAUUCUGAUAUGAAAGCCAGACUAGCCGAUUUUGGAUUGGCGAAACAAAGUACAGAAGGCCAGUCUCAUUUCACAACCAGAGUAGCUGGAACAUACGGAUACUUGGCACCAGAAUACGCGCUCUAUGGACAGCUAACAGAGAAGAGUGAUGUUUACAGCUUCGGCAUUAUAAUUCUUGAGAUUCUGAGUGGAAGGAAAGUGUUGGGCACAUCAGAUUCUUCUACUGUUUUGAUCAUUGAUUGGGCUUGGCAUCAUGUUAAGUCCAGAAAUGUUGGUGAAAUAUUUGAUCCCAUUGUGAGAGACGACGGACCAAAGAUAGUGAUGGAAAGAUUUGUUCAUGUUGGCCUACUUUGUGCUCAUGUAAUGGUGACUCUCAGGCCUACAAUUGCUGAUGCUUUAAAGAUGUUAGAAAGUGAUAUCGAUAUCCCAGAAUUGCCCGAGAGGCCAUUGCCUCUUGGCCAUGAGUCGUUUAGAUCUUCAUAGCAGACAAGAACACUGUGAUAUAUUUCAGACAUGUUAGGAUAAGAAUUCUGUCAUAUAUGUACAUGUUUAAUCAGUAAUGUAGUUUAUGCAGAAUAGACGAAAUAUGGAUAUACAGAGAUUCAAAAGGAGUUGUCUCAGUAAAGCUGAUAUUAAUUGUGGCAUAAUUCCUGAUUUGAUAUCAAUCAUUCUAAAUAAUGGAAAACGAUAAUUUCAGUUGAA